AUGCCAGCAAUCUUGCAACUAGGAUCCAUGGCGAAGCAACCGUUUGCAGACGCCGCGACUGAAUUCGCCCAACCCUCCGUGCAGUCACCUAGCGUGAGUAAUCAACAGCUUCCAGAAGCCAAACCUGAAGAGACCCCAACUUCCAACAUAAAGAAACUGGUACGCAAGCUGACCAAGAGGGUGAAGCCAUCCAAGGAAAAGGGAGCGUCUCUACCAGCAGAGACUGAUUCAGCUGAAGACAAGCUGGUAGGGUUCAUUAGCAGGAACCCACAGCUAUUUGUACCGGCAGAAGAGGAACGAAAGCAAGCUAGCCUUCAAAUUCCGGAACUAGUCGUUCGAGCAAGGACACUGUCGAGGAGCCAGCGUCAACUAGAGCGUUUGGAAAACCCUCUGAUUCUGGACGCUAUCCCUGUCGAAGAGGCAGAUGAGCAGGAGAAGGCCAAGGAGACGAUGAGGCAAUCUAGGACUGCGCGCUUUCGGAAGCGCUUGGAGGAGUACCUCUGA